GCGACUAUAAAGACGUGAAACUUUGCGGUUGUCAAUAUCAAGAUUGAAAUAUAAAUCAGUGUAAAUAACAACAACAACAGCAAAACGUACAAAUAAAUGAAAAAAACAAUUUUGUCCAUUUCAAUUUGCUGAAUGCGGUGUGUAUCGCUCACAUGGUGGUUCAUUUUAGCUAUCGCUAUUGACACUUAACCUCUGAUAAUUUUUGUUAUCACAAUAAAGACGAACAAAUAAGCUGCUGCUUAUUAUAAAAUCCCAACCACUUGUUGUUACAAAUCAUCUAAAUUCGUUCAGUUUUCUCUCGAGAAGUACUUCAAUAAACAAGCAUUAAUUACAAAUUUGUGAAAUUUAAAGGGUUUUUUUUUCUUCAUUUAAUCAACUAUGGCAUCUGCAAAGAAAUUAGCAUUGUUGAGUGUUUCGGACAAAACAGACGUUUUAACACUUGCCAGACAAUUGCAAGGACUUGGCUUUAAUUUGAUUGCAAGUGGUGGUACUGCAAAAGCAAUUCGUGAUGCUGGUUUGAAGGUAGAAGAUGUAUCCAGCAUCACAAAUGCACCUGAAAUGCUUGGCGGUCGAGUAAAAACUCUUCAUCCAGCUGUUCAUGGUGGUAUUUUGGCACGUCUUUCCCCAUCCGAUCAAGCUGACUUACAGCGACAAAAUUACGAUUAUAUUCAAAUAGUCGUUUGCAAUUUAUAUCCAUUUGUGGAUACAGUUUCGAAACCAAAUGUUACUGUGGCCGACGCCAUUGAAAACAUUGAUAUUGGUGGUGUUACAUUGCUUCGAGCAGCUGCAAAAAAUCAUGCACGUGUUACCGUUCUGUGCGAUCCAAACGAUUACACCAAAGUAAUUGAGGAAAUUAGAGCAAGUGGCGAUACAAACGAAAAAACUCGCCAAAAAUUGGCAUUGAAAGCAUUCACACACACCGCUCAAUACGAUGAUGCUAUCUCGGAUUAUUUCCGUAAAACAUAUUCAGCAAACGAAUCGCAAUUAACAUUGCGCUAUGGAAUGAAUCCACAUCAAAAACCAGCACAAUUGUUUACUACAUUGGAGAAACUUCCAUUGCGUGUUGUUAAUGGAUCGCCUGGAUUUAUUAACUUGUGCGAUGGACUAAAUGCUUGGCAAUUGGUACAAGAAUUGAGCGGCGCUUUGAAUUUACCAGCCGCUGCAAGUUUUAAGCAUGUGUCACCAGCGGGUGUCUCGGUUGCAGUUCCUCUCAGUCGAGAUGAAGCUAAAUUAUGUCAAGUUGAUGACUUAUAUGAUAAACUAACCCCAUUGGCAACAGCUUAUGCUCGAGCACGUGGCGCAGAUCGUAUGUCAUCAUUCGGAGAUUUUAUCGCUCUUUCUGAAAAGUGUGAUGAAGCUACGGCGAAGAUCAUCUCACGCGAAGUAUCAGAUGGUAUCAUCGCUCCAGGCUACUCUGACGAAGCCUUAGCUCUCUUGCAAAAGAAAAAGAACGGUGCAUAUUGCAUUUUACAGAUUGAUCCAUCAUACGAACCAAAUCCCAUUGAACGUAAAACAUUGUUCGGUGUUACUUUAGAGCAAAAACGAAAUGAUGCCAUCAUUGAUAGUACAGUAUUCCAAAAUGUUGUUAGUAAUCAUAAGACGUUGCCAUUGACAGCUGUUCGUGAUUUAAUUGUCGCAACCAUUGCCUUGAAAUACACUCAGAGCAAUUCAGUGUGCUACGCUCGUGAUGGACAAGUGAUUGGUAUCGGUGCGGGUCAACAGUCACGAAUUCACUGUACGCGUUUGGCCGGAGAUAAAGCUGAUAAUUGGUGGUUACGCCACCACCCAAUAGUUUUGAAUUUAAAAUUCAAGCCUGGAGUCAAACGUGCUGACAUUUCAAACGCUAUUGAUAACUAUGUAUUGGGAACAAUUGGAAAAGAUUUACCAUUGGCACAAUUCGAAGCACUAUUUGACGAAGUUCCAGCAUUAUUGACAGAUGACCAACGUAAAGAAUGGGCUUCAAAAUUGUCUGGCGUUGCAUUGGCAUCGGAUGCAUUCUUUCCAUUCAGAGAUAACAUCGAUCGCGCUAAAUUGAGUGGCGUUACCUUUAUCGGCAGCCCAUCGGGUUCAACAAACGAUGCUGGCGUCGUAGCAGCAUGUAAUGAACACGGAAUUGUUUUGGCACACACCAAUUUGAGAUUGUUCCAUCAUUAAGACAUUUUUAAUAAAAAGAAGCUCAAUUCUAAAAAUUAGAAUUUUUACGCA